UAGUAUUUAUGUACCCUUUACAAAUAUUUAUUAAACAAUAAAACCUCCAUUUCUUCUUCUCCAUUGUGCGUAGCUCAAAACAUCAGCCAGCCAUUGGAGAAAACCUCUUCAAGCAAAGCGACUACAACACCUUCCAAUAGCAAAAUGCUCGUUUGUCCUCCAAAUUCGUCCUCCUUCCACUGCUGAAACAACCCUUAACACACCGCGCCACCGCCAAUACUAUAGCGUAGCAGCUAGCUACCCUUUAUAUUUCCAUUUCUCCAUGCUUUACCAAAAGCGGUACCCUAUAACAUACACCAUGCCAGUCCCAGACGCCGUUGCUCGCCACCACACCCACCCUGUUGGUCCCAACCAGUGUUGCUCAGCCGUAGUCCAGCAGAUCGCUGCCCCAGUUUCCACCGUCUGGUCCGUCGUCCGUCGGUUUGACAACCCCCAGGCUUACAAGCACUUCGUCAAGAGCUGUCAUGUAAUCGUUGGGGACGGUGAUGUCGGUACCCUUCGUGAAGUCCACGUCAUCUCAGGCCUACCCGCCGCGAGGAGCACCGAACGUCUCGAGAUCCUUGAUGAAGAGAGUCAUGUUCUUAGCUUCAGUGUCAUCGGUGGAGAACAUCGGUUAGCUAACUACAGGUCGGUAACGACCCUUCAUCCUUCCACAAACGGGAAUGGAACGGUGGUAGUGGAAUCUUACGUGGUGGACGUACCGCCGGGGAACACCGAAGAUGACACGUGCGUCUUCGUUGAUACCAUUGUUCGGUGUAACCUGCAGUCACUUGCUCAGAUCGCAGAGAAUCUAGCAAGCCGGAAAUAGCCAGUCCAGUCACUGUAUGUUUUUAGUUUUUCUUUUCUUUUCUUUUAAAAGUCAUUGGUGAUAAGCUGAAGCUGUCGUUUUUUGUGAGUAUCCGAUAGUUAGGUCGCCGAUGGGAAAUCUCAUAAUCAUCACUACACUGUCAAGUUCAUGUUUAUCGAUUCACCAGAUGAUCUAUGGCAAUCUUAAAUUAAUUACUAAA